AUGUUGGGAUCAUACUCUCAGCACCGCCGCAUGGAGCGGUUCAUGUUUUUCCAGAAAAUGCCACUUGAGCUGCGACUGGCAGUGUGGGCUUGUGUGCUGGAAGAUGAAGCCAAAGAUCGACUUGUCCUUUUCGAUUCAUCUUUGAAGCGAAUCGUCCCCACGCGUUCGCUUGUGUCACCUCUCCAGCGAGUCAAUGUGGAGAUCAGAGGAGUUGCGCUAUCGCGUUACUCGACACGUCUGGAAAUUUUCACCGUACACCCCCAAAACCGAGUGCCGUUGGUACCCUUCAAGACGGUAGAUGAGAGCUUUGAAAGUGGCGCGGGUUGGAACGACGAGCUGGAACAUCUCAGCGAUGAAUGUCUACAGGACAGACGCGAAGAGUUCUCAGCCCUGCUCAACAUCCGCGUUGGAGUCGUGUAUAUUGAUCCGACUCGCGACACCUUCGGUUCCUACCUCUACACGAUGAACCAAGUAGUCAAAUCAGGCGCCGAGAACAUCGUCGACGUACCUGUUACAUCGGAAAUUGGCAUUGAAAUCACUGAUCUUGUCCGCAAACAACUCAGCGUGGAGGUCUUUGAUCGAUGGGACAGCUAUCCCACCCGCUGUGAACACUGCUUUCACGACUGGAUCAAUGGCGGCUGUCAAUCCUUUCACAACACAGCCGAAUUCCCCCAAAUUAUUGAGAAUGGACAAGUAGAGCUAUUGUAUGCGAAGGAUUACUGUUGUGACAUGAAGAAGGACAACGAAAGCACGGAGGAGGGCGACGAGGAAAUGAUGGACUACGACGACGAGGAGCCGGACGAUGAUGUCGUGGAAAGCCUUCUCGACUGGUAG